AUGGAUGAUUUGGCGAACACGCAAAUAAAAUUUGGUGGCUUAGUUAGCCAGGAACAAUCGACUACAUACGAACAAUGGUAUCGCAUACAUCAAAAUAUCUUAAGUGAUUUGAAUACAAGAAUUUCAAAGCUAAUGGACGAUCGAAGCUCCGCAAUUUCUAAACGCUCGCAUCGAAGCAAAACAUCUGGAAAAUCGACAUCGACUAAGACAUCGAAUUCUUCGCUGCGUCGGAAGUCGGAAAUGCUAGCUAAGAAAGCUAGACUUGAAACUAAGCUAAAAUUUCAUGACGCUGAAAUAAAAAAGAUGGCUGAAUUAAAAAGGCAAGAAGAUGAACUGAAACAUUUCCGAAUCGCGAAGGAGCUAGCUGCUACCAAUGCCGAAAUUGAGGCAGUCGCUAAAGUUGAGUCAAAUUACAGCAUUGAGUUGAACCUCGAGAACAUAUCGAAGUUGCCAGAUGACGACAACUCCGGAGAACGAGUAAAGCAGUAUCUGGAAUCUCAGCAUACUAUCAACAAUAAGGGCCUAAGCACACUUCCAGUUGACAUAGAUAUCUGUGGAUCCAUAGUCAGCAAAACUCUAGCUACAGGCAUAAAUUCAAAAGAUCAAGUGACACCUGGCAACGAUUUAAAUCCUUUAUCUCCUCUCAUUCCAACGACACAUCCGAGCUUUAUACUACCCACUCCUCCGCUAGCUGUAUCGCAAGGAGAAAUGUCAAAAGAAUCACUCCCCGUUUCUACGAUCAGGAGAGAUACGUCGCCUUACGUCUCUGCCGAUUCAUUAAUAAGACUGGCGGACCUGCUCGCACAACGACAAGAUUACGAUUCGCUCCCACGUCCUCAGCCCGAUGUCUUCAGUGGUGAUCUACUUCAAUAUCCAAUUUGGAUCAAGGCCUUCGAGACUUUAAUCGAAAGAAAAACGAAUCAACCAUCCGAAAGACUUUAUUAUCUCGGAAAGUCCACAUCUGGGGAAGCGAAAGAAGCAGUAAGCGGUCUCUUACCCUUGGACACAGAAACAGCCUACGCGAAAGCCAAGAAAAUCCUAGCGAACAG